GUAUUCGGUGAACGUCUGCUACAAACUUGGUCACAUUGUGUCACAGAGGACUUGCAGACAGUGUACAGGGAGGCAGAGCUUCCUCACCCAGAGCAUGCUGGGAAGUUGAACACACACACACACCAGCCUUUGGAUAUGCUGCUGCCGUAAGGUAAUACAAGCUCAAUCGAGAUCUGGCGAAUACAUACAGCAGUGAAUAUGGCAGCGUCUCGUAGGAGCCUUCAGCAAGUGCGAGAAGUUAUUACCACAGCUCAUGAAGACUGCACCCCUGCUCAAAAACUGCAAUUCUACGAUCGCUGGGCCCAGGAAUAUGAGGAGGAUGUGUCUGUAUUGGAAUACAAUGCCCCCCGUCUUGCUGCAGCUGUGCUAGCCUCGGGGUGCAUCUCUAAUCGAGAGUCAAAACUGGUACUGGAUGUAGCUUGUGGCACUGGACUGGUAGCUCAGGAGUUGCUGCGCUGUGGAUUUCGCUUGUUCCAUGGCCUGGAUGGCAGUAGCAGAAUGAUGGAAAUGGCUCAGACCAAAAAACUCUACCAAGAGCUAAAGCAGUGCAUGCUGGGACAGGAGCCACUUCCUUCAACAUCUGAUUUUUACGAUGUAGUCAUCAUUGUGGGAGCACUGAGUGAUGGGCAGGUCCCUGUAUCUGUUGUCCAUGACCUUCUACGUGUAACUAAACCAGGGGGUCUUCUGUGUCUCACGACUCGCAGUAAUACAUCUAACCUUCAGUACAAGGCUGAGUUAGAGCAUGAGCUUGCAGCAUUACAAAGCUUGGGACUGUGUGACUGUAUCACUACACAGAACAUUGAAAAGUGGGAAAAGGCCACCUCCAAACAGGAAGUCCAAGGAGAAUCUGACUACAUCUCAGGUGUCAUCUAUCUGUACAAAAAAAUGGAAACCAUCUCUUAAACAGAUAAACGCAUGAAAACACCUUUUCUGAAAUGUUUCAUUUGUUUUGUGUUUUAAAUGUUUUAAUAUAAUUUAUGUUUUAUUUAGAAAUACCCAUACUGACAAAGAAUUAUUGUCAAAACCAAUUUAUUUUCUAUGCUGCAAAUAACGGAAAUGCAAGGAAAGAAAUUAAAGAGAAAUGAUGUUAGGGAGGAAGCUCCAACUAUAAUGCUACUACAGAGACGAUACCUGCAAAGAAUUAUCGCCACUGUGUGCAUUUUGAAGGGAAGAUGAUGUUUUUAUUUUAGAAUCUUUUGCAAAAUGGUCUUGCUUCAGACUCGUAUUUCCCACUUUCCAGUAAAUGUGUAAACUUGACUUAA